UCUACAGAGAAAAAUACUAACCGAAAUCAAGGCUGAUUUCGCCACGUUAGAACUAGCGAGAAAACCGCACACAAUCCAUUAGUUGAAGACUGAUUUCACAAGCCAGCACCACAUCGUUUCCAGGGAGUACGGUUUUCAUAUCGGUACCAAUAAAUAUUUAUUGUUUGAUUCAUUUGUCGUAAGAAAAAGAGAAACCCAAGUUACAUAUACAUCACGACAAAAAUGUCUCUCACCAACAGAUUUAUGAUCGUCAUUAAACGGGGAGCUCAAUACAGAAAUUUGCAUCAAGUGUCUAGAUACUCGACGAGCUUCAACGAGAAGCAAGACGAUCCUAAUGAUUCGAUAAAGAAAUCAGUAUUCAUAUCACAAUCCACAGAUGUGUUCACAAAUUUAGCACUAGAAGAUUGGUUCUAUAGGAACCACAAUUUCACAAAUCAUCAUUUGUUACUUCUGUGGCGUAACGAUCCUUGUGUAGUGAUCGGGCGUCAUCAAAACCCAUGGAUCGAGCACAAUGCCCAAGUAGCUGAAAAACGUGGUAUAGCGUUAGCUCGCCGGAACAGUGGCGGCGGCACUGUCUAUCAUGACACUGGUAAUUUGAAUCUGUCGUUCUUCACGCCGCGGGAACGAUACGAUCGAAAAUACAAUCUGGGCAUUAUAACGAGAGCUCUGUAUCGAGAAUGGGGCGUAAAAGCUGACGUUAAUAAACGGGAAGACAUCGUCGUGCACGGCGAAUAUAAAGUAUCCUGUAAUGUAUCUGGUACUGCAGCAAAAUUAGGACGGCCGAAUGCAUAUCAUCACUGUACGCUAUUGGUUGAUGUAAAUAAAUCGGCUUUGAGCUUGGCCCUCGAAAGAAAAGAGAACGGUAUAGAAACGAAUGCCACUGUCUCCACACGGUCUCCAAUAAAAAAUUUAGUAGAUAUAAAUGCACACAUACGCAUGGACAAGCUUAUUAAUGCGGUAGGUUGGGAAUAUCUUCGCACAAAAGCGCUAGUUUUAGAAGAUGGUGGGCAAGAUCUUAUUCAACGUCAAAAAGGAUUUCAAUAUGUUAAUCCCACAGAGGAAUGGUUCCCAGGGCUCGAUAACUUAAUAAAUGAGUUUCGUUCCUGGGAAUGGAAUUACGGUAAGACGCCGAAAUUUACGGUAACUCGUGUACUAGACGUCCUUGUCCAAGAUAGCAAAGUACAUCGAUUUAAUCUAACGUUAGAGAUACAAAAUGGUAUCAUUGAAGAAAUCAAAAUGAGACUUCCAGCUGGUUUGGUAUCAAAUGAUUUUAGCGAAGACGCGAGCGUGAUAAGUAAUCUACGCGGCACGAGAUACAACCACGAAGUAACGGAAAAUAUAAUAGCCACCAUCGGUUGCAAGACUGUUAUGUUAAGUACAACCCAAAAUAUAGAUAAAACUAAUAUGAUUGCUACGCAAUGAUCAGACCCUACGGACAAUCGCAACGAUUGUACAUAAAUUGCUUGUUGUGUUCAAACCGGAACGAAGUUACUAUAUAUCAAAUCCUAAGAAUAAUAUGGACUUGUAUUAUAUAUAGUUUUGUUAACUGACCCGCUGUUACUUAUUGUUAUGUAUGUAUGUAAUAUAUUGUAAUAUAAAUUGCAAGUAAUAUAUCCUAGACUGUGUAU